UCCCACAAUCUCUACCUAGCUGUUAUUAAGGUUUUGGUAUGGCUUCCAAGGCUUCUGCAUCUAUUUCUCUCUUCUUCUCACUCAACCUUCUCUUCUUUGCACUUGUGUCUGCUCAAUGUGGCCAUUGCCCCCCAAAGUCGAGGCCUGGUACUAACCCAACUCCAAACCCUAAUAACCCAAAUCCCACUCCUAAUAACCCAACUCCAAACCCUAAUAACCCAAAUCCCAAUCCCAAUAACCCAACUCCAAAUCCUAAUAACCCAACUCCCAAUCCUAAUAACCCAACUCCAACUCCCACCCCAGCUGCCAGGGGGAGGUGUCCUAGGGAUACUCUGAAAUUCGGGGUAUGCCUCAAUUUGCUCGGCGGCAUCGUCGGAGUAGUGAUUGGAACUCCUCCAUACACCCCAUGUUGCUCCCUUAUUCAAGGCCUUGCUGACCUUGAGGCUGCAGUCUGCCUUUGCACUGCCAUUAGAGCUAAUGUAUUGGGUAUCAACCUCAAUAUCCCGAUUGCACUCAGUUUGCUUCUCAACACCUGUGGAAGGAGGCUCCCCACCGGAUUCCAAUGUUAAAAUCCUAAGCAAAUUCCUCUUCUCCAGCUUGUUAUCUUGUGUGUAUUGUUGUUUCAAAGAAAGGCAUGUUUCAGUGCCUCAGUGGUUUAAGUAGAACUGCUCAUUUCCUUA